CGACGCUGAAAAGUAGUCAUUAAUUUUUUGUUGUAAAAUCAAAUUUAAAUCAAAAAAUUAAUUUGUGUUUUAUUAUAUGUUUGAUUAAAGAAAAUUUUAAUUUUGAUAAUAAUUUAUUUCAUAUUAAAAACAUAAUUAACAACAAACUUAAAGUAAUUAAGUUUACAAUCGAAAGUUGAUUUACCGCUAAAUUGAAAAUUUGUUACUAUACGCGGCGAAGUGCACGGGUUGUCUGGAGCCGAUCGCACCGACCGAACUGGUAAUGAGAGCACUCGAUCACGUCUAUCACAUCAAUUGUUUCCUAUGUGUCGGUUGUGGCCGACAGUUACAGAAAGGCGACCAAUUCGUCAUACGAGGCGGUCGUCUCUUCUGUCGGCCAGACUUCGAGAAAGAGAUGGCAUUAAUCCAUAUGACAACCAAUGGCCGCAACAGCGGUGAGAGUACACCCAUUUCGGCCAACAACGGCCAAACCGUUUUGCCAGUCAUUAAUGGCAAUCCCCAGCGACAGGACGGCCGUCGGGGACCCAAAAGGCCGCGAACUAUACUCACCACCGCUCAGAGAAGGGCUUUCAAGGCCUCCUUCGAGAUCAGCCAAAAGCCGUGUCGUAAGGUGAGAGAGACGUUAGCAAAGGAGACGGGUCUGAGUGUUAGGAUAGUUCAGGUCUGGUUUCAGAACCAAAGGGCAAAAUUGAAGAAGAUUCAAAGAAAACAGCAACAAAUGCAGGCCUCAGGACAGGGAGGGGUCGGCGGCGGCGGGAGUGAGUCGGGAGGCAUUCAAAGUCAAUCGAGUGAUAAAUCGAAAGGUGAUAACACAUCCUAUUCUAUUGAUAAUCACAAUGACAGCAAUUUGACAGACUCUUCAGCCGAUUCGCCACAAUUUUCACUUCCGCCCCUCCACUACAUGCCCCACAGCCCCGACGGAUCGUAUUAUUCGCCUCAAGACGACGGCUACGCCAAGAGUGAGCUCGCGAUGGAUUCCGAGACCAGUUUAGGCGGUUUGGAGGACGUCCUCAUCAAUCAGAGCGCCAACAGUGCAGUAGUGGUCGGUUCCAUAGACCCGACGCCCGUGUCGUUGCAUCACUCGGAUGUCAUCACUCACACCACUCUCUUCGGCGCGCCGUCGAUGACACCGAUCGACAAACUAUAUUCAAUGCAAUCCUCGUAUUUCAAUUCGGGUGAAUGCGAGUGUUUAGGGGCACCCAAUUAGCCCCCACUCUCCCUCCCGAACACCCCCUCCGCCAUAGUUUCAGUACAA